AUGCUGGCUACGCCCGAGCCAGCACCGGCGCCGACGAGGAACGAGCGCAAAGCAUGCUGGUCGCAUCGCGAUAGCUACUUUGCGUGCCUGACUCGAAAAGGUGUCACAAUCCCUCCGGGAACAGAUAUGAGCGACGGAAGAGGCCCCGUUGGAAAGGCUGCCAAGGAGGAACAAGAAAGGCUGGCGAAGGAGAAGAAGCAGACAAGCGAGGAAGCGCGCAAGCAAGACCCUUGUCUCGCCGAACGACAAGGGUAUGAGUCCAAUUGCGCCAGAAGUUGGGUAGACUACUUCAACAAGAGACGAGUGCUUGAGGAGCGCCAGAAGAUGAUGUAUGCUCAAGCCGAAUCAGGUGCCUCUAAAUUCUGA